GGUUAUCAUCUAGUAAUGGUGAAGGAACCACAUUGUGAUGUUGCAAAAUUAUUGAACACAAUAAAGAGGCACAUUCCCUCGGCCUUCUUGGAAACUGAGAUCGGCGCGGAGUUGUCUUUUCUUCUUCCUACGGAAGGGGCGCCUUCAUUUGAAGGCCUGUUUACCGAAAUAGAGGAGAAUGCCCUGAAAUUUGGAAUAAGUAGCUUUGGGAUGUCUGCGACAACAAUGGAAGAAGUUUUUUUAAAGGUAAAAGACAAUGCUGGGAAUGGUAAUAAAGCUUACUGUGAUGACGAAACAGACACUCACUGUGUACAACUGCAUAUUGAUGAAGGCGCGUCAUUACAUCCAAAUGCUACGGAGAGAAAUGAUGAAAUAGACUUUAACAAAGGCUUUGAAAAGAACACUGGAAUUACAGCCAUUUUCCAGCAAUUACGUGGAUUACUGAUGAAGAAAGCAUUACAUACAUGGCGGAGCAAAUUUAUGAUCAUAAUUCAGCUCAUUGUGCCUAUUUUGCUUGCGAUAGCUGGUCUUCUUGCUGACCAGUCAAUUGAUGGCCUUAAGCCCCAUCCUGAUCCACCACUGACUUUAGAUCUACGACCGUAUCCAAACUCCAUAACAACACUCACUAAAGGAAUUUAUUCCCCACCAAUAUCAGAAAAUAUGAUUCAGGAGUAUUCCAGAAACUUCCGUCAAAAGGGCCUGGGUGUGGCUGUGUACGACUCUAAGGAUUCUACCCAGUUUAACAUAAAUAAAUUUUGGCUGGAUCGCUCGAAACAAAUAGGACAGAGAACGUUUAAUUCACGGUAUGUCAUUGGGUUUGGAUUCGAUGGAAAUGAUAUCAUCAGUUAUUAUAACGGUGAAGUGAUUCACGCUAGUGGUAUCAGCUUGUCAUAUACAAUGGAUUUUCUUCUUAAAUUUUAUUGUGGGAACUCCAAAAGCAUACAAACCAUAAAUCACCCAUUUCCACCGAGUGAGGAAUUAAAGCGUUCAACUCAGAGCGCAGGAUUUGCAGCCUUCAAAGGACUAAGUCUUGCUCUUUGUGUCUUAUUCGGACUUUCCUGUCUAGUAGCUUCUUUCAGCGUGUUUCAUAUCAGAGAAAAAUCUUCUGGUGCCAAACACUUACAAAAGGUUAGCGGGGUCGGCUCAAGAGUCUUCUGGUUGGCCAAUCUCAUCUGGGAUUUUAUCCAUUACCUAGUCCCAAUUUUCCUCAUUCUGAUUUGUUUUGCUGCGUUCCAAAUUCCAGCAUACACAGAGGAGAACAGGCUAGGGAUCGUGUUUCUAAGUUUGUUUCUUUUUGGCCUAGCAUCAAUUUCAUGGAUGUAUCUUCUACAUUUCAUUUUCCGGUCGCCUGCAGGUGGAACGGUAGCUAUGAUUAUUAUCAACACGGUAGCAGGUCUUUUCACACUGCUAACGGUCACAUUUCUCUAUCCAAGUAAAAAGACCAAAGCUGCAGCAGAGACCAUGGAUGUUUUAUUUAUGAUCUUUCUUCCGCAUUACUGUCUGGGAAAGACAUUUACUGACAUCUAUGUCCGAUACUCUUUGCGAUCUAAAUGUAAACAAGAAUUUAGUCUGGAUCUUUUAGCGUUGAUUGGGAAAAAAGAACAGUGUCCUGAUGACAACUACUUAGAGUGGGGUUAUCCCGGAUGUGGUCAAUACCUGUCUUUUAUGGCCAUACAGUGUGUAGUUUAUAUGACUUUCGUACUUCUACUGGAUAGUGGAAUAGUCAACCGUCUGUUGUAUAGAACUCUGUGUACCUCUAAAGCCGGGAAUGCACAGAGUGAUAACAACGCUAGUCCGGACUCGGACGUAUUGGAAGAAGCGAUGAGAGUCAACUCCACUAACCAGAGCGAUCUAAUGAAAACCGACAAACUUAUAAUUAAAAACUUGGAAAAAACAUACGGCCUCAUAGAUCAGUUUCAUGCAGUGAAGGGAAUAAGUGUAGGGAUAUCUGAACAAGAAUGCUUUGGACUGUUGGGGCAGAAUGGAGCAGGAAAGACGACAACAUUCAAAAUGCUGACUGGUGAUGUAAUGAUUUCUAGCGGAAAGGCUUACGUUAACGGUUUUAGCGUCAAAAGUAAUCUAAGACAGGUCCAUCGUUGUCUUGGAUACUGCCCUCAGUUUGACGCUUUGAUCGACAGUUUGACGGGAAGGGAAAUUCUGACCCUUUAUGCCAGACUGAGAGGAGUGAGGGAGAAAGACAUCAGACGGGUCAUUAAUGGUCUACUGGACGCCGUCACUUUGACGGAAUAUGCCGAUAAGAUGUGUGGGACAUAUAGUGGGGGAAACAAAAGAAAGUUGAGCACUGCAAUUGCGCUUAUUGGAGAUCCUCCAUUCUUGAUGUUGGACGAACCUACAACAGGCGUGGAUCCAGCGGCGCGGAGACAGAUGUGGAAUAUUCUCUCUAGAGUCCGAGCUAGUGGUAGGACUCUUGUCUUGACGUCGCACAGCAUGGAGGAGUGUGAUGCCCUUUGUACCAAAAUAGUCAUCAUGGUAAACGGAAGAUUCGUGUGUUUUGGGAGUCCCCAACACUUAAAGAACAAAUUUGCGCAAGGUUACACCUUGACAGUGAGACUAGCACGUGACAAUAACGGAAACGCAGUAGAUUCUGGUCCAUUACGUAAUCAUAUUGGCAAAGAGUUUCCCGGAACCGAAGUAUUCGAUGAUCAACAGGGCUACCUAGAUUUUCAAAUUCCGCAUCGGAAUUUAUCACUUGCAAAACUUUUCAAAGAAAUGGAGAAAACAAAAUCUGAAUAUAAUGUAGAAGAUUAUUCAGUACAUCAGACGUCCCUGGAGCAGGUGUUUCUUGGGUUCACGAGGAUGCAGGUGCCCCCGGUGGACAGAAAGAGGGCGUGUCCUUGUUGUUUCUGUUGUAGGUCAAAAACUGCUUUUAAAGGACAAAUUAUCACAGCUCCUGGGGGACAAAUUGUAUGAAAAGUUUUUUAUUGAUGUAUUUCUUUUGGUUGUUUUUCUGUGUUGUUUUUCUUAGUGUUGAAGGAGAGAAAUUUAUUUUACAUUAUUACUGCGCAUAAUUUACGUUAAAACAUAUUAUUUUUUUCCUUUUUAUCCUUUGAAUUCCAUUUAAGAAAUUUUAGAAUUCAAAUUAAUCAUUU